UGAAAAAUAUUAAAAAUAUUUUUUAGGCUGUUUUAUCUUUAAUAUAUUUUUACAUUUGUUUAAUUAAAUAACAAAGAACUAAAGAAUGGUUUAGGGCGAGGAAAUCAAAGAAACAACCUGCGCGACAGUAUUUAUGCAGGAUACAUUAAUCGCGUCAAAAUCACGGAGGACUGGUUGAUUCGUUGUUUCAAUUUGAUUCUUUGAGGCCACUUUGUUUGCAGCUUUGGUGAGAUUCCUUCCAUUUCUUGAACGGAAUUUUAGAUUGAAACAAGAAGUGAAAUGUCUUCCUCAACUGAAGUAGAAAUUGAUGACUCACUUUACAGCCGUCAGAGGUAUGUGCUUGGUGAUGGUGCUAUGGAGAAAAUGGCUGUUUCCAAUGUGCUUGUCAGUGGUCUUGGAGGCUUGGGUGUUGAACUAGCAAAAAAUGUUGUUCUUGCUGGUGUAAAGAGUAUAACACUACACGACACACGCACUGCGUCGAUAUCUGACUUGGGAAGUCAGUUUUAUUUAAGAGAAGAGGACAUAAAGAAAGAACGAAAUAGGGCGGAGGCAAGCUGCUCCAAACUAGCUGAACUAAAUCCUUAUGUGGAGGUCAGAGUUUUCACUAAACCUCUUGAAGAAAAUUUGGAUUUUCUCAAGGAAUUUCAGUGUGUUGUUCUCACCGAGGCGUCCAUGAAACAAGCGUUAGUCGUGGACAAGUUCUGCAGAUCACAAAACCCCCCAAUAAAAUUCAUAGCUAGCGACGUCUUGGGAUUAUUUUCUUACACCUUUUGUGAUUUUGGCGACGAGUUUGAAGUCGUUGAUCGGACCGGCGAAGAACCGAAGGAAUUUUUUAUAUCUGACAUUUCUAAGGCUAAUCCUGGCGUACUUCUGACUCUUGAUAAUCAAAUGCAUGGCCUGGAAGACGGAGAUAAGAUCGAGUUCAAAGAAAUUGUCGGAAUGACUGCUUUGAAUGGCACCACGCAGACUGUUAAAGUUGAAUCGCCAUAUGCUGUGAGCAUUUGUGACACAUCUUCUGAUGAAUUUCAACCGUAUCAAUAUGGAGGCAUUGCUCGCCAAGUGAAGACGUCAAGAUUAAACCAUUUCGAUUCUCUCGAGGACCAGUUAAAGGAACCGAAUAUUUUGCUUGUAGAUCUUUGUAAAAUGGAGGCAGCUCCUCAGCUUCACCUGGCUAUGCGGGCUUUAGACACGUUUAAAGACAAUCAUGGUCAUCUUCCUAAUGUCAGGGAUUCUCAAAACGCGGAGGAAUUAGUAAAGAUCGCGGCGAAAAUAAACGAACAACAAAUGAAGACGAAGGUGGAUAAGAUUGACGAGGACCUUCUGACCGUACUCUCGUAUUCCAGCCGUGGUUUGCUUCCCCCCCUGGCUGCUGCUGUUGGCGGUUUUGUUGCCCAGGAAGUUCUCAAAGCUUUGACUGGAAAAUUCACUCCACUGAAGCAAUGGUUAUAUUUGGAUGCAAUUGAACUUGCAAAAGAAACAUCUGACAAGUCUGGGAAUUUUCUGCCGAAGAAUGAUAGGUAUGAUUCCUUGAGGAUAUGCGUUGGGGAAGAACUAUUACAAAAACUAAAGAAUGUACAAUUGUUUAUGGUUGGUUGUGGUGCUAUUGGUUGUGAAAUGUUGAAGAACUACGCGAUGGUUGGUAUUGGAACGGGUAAAGAAGGAAAGAUUACAAUAACUGAUAAUGACCUAAUUGAGAAAUCAAAUUUAAAUCGCCAGUUCUUGUUUCGACCGCGAGAUAUUCAGAAAUCGAAAUCACUGACUGCUUCAAAAGCGAUUCUAGAAAUCAAUCCUGACAUUGAAAUUGAUCCGCACCAACAUAAAGUUGCUCCAGAAACCGAAGAAGUCAUUUACACGGAUGAGUUUUUCCGCUCAAAGAAUAUUGUUGUGAACGCUUUAGAUAACGUUGAAGCUAGACGUUACGUAGAUAGCCGGUGCGUGACCAACCAAGUUCCACUUCUGGAAUCUGGAACAAUGGGUCCUAAAGGCCAUAUCCAGUGUGUUGUUCCUCAUCUCACGGAGUCUUACUCGAGUCAGCGCGACCCUGAAGAUGGCGAUGUCCCUUAUUGUACCCUGAAAUCCUUUCCUGCUGUAAUUGAUCACACCAUCCAGUGGGCGAGAAAUAAGUUUGAAAGCUGCUAUUCCCAAAAACCUCAGCUGUAUAACAAGUUCUGGUCGAGCAACAAAUCCGUUUCUGAUCUGGUACAGUCACUCGAAAACGGCCAAAAACCGGACGGGAUUAUUGUUGUCGUAAAAUCUUUGAAGUCUUGGCCUAAAAACUGGCGUGACUGUGUAGCACGAGCGAGAUUACAGUUUGAAAAGUAUUACAAUCAUAAGGCUAAACAAUUACUUCACUUGUUUCCGCGUGACACACGUUUGAGCGAUGGAACGCUAUUUUGGCAGUCUCCAAAGCGUCCACCGACUGCAAUAGAGUUUGACGUUCACAAUGAAUUACACUACUCAUUCCUGGAAAGUGCGUCAAGACUUCACGCGAACGUUCACAAUAUUCACUUCACUCCUGAGGAUUUAACGAAGGAAGCUUUAAUCCAGAUUCUUCGCGAUGUCAAAGUGCCAGAAUUCGUACCAUCAAACAAGACGGUUGAAGUUGAGGAAAACCAAGAAAAAUCAACGGAGAAAGUUGAAGACGAAGACGUCCUAUUAGAAGCCUGCAAAUUCUUGACUAAUUUCCUUAAGUCGCAAUGUUUUGACAAAGCAAUGAUGGCAUUAUCACCGUUGGAAUUUGAAAAGGAUGACGACAGCAACGGUCAUAUAGACUACAUUGCUGCAUGUUCGAAUCUUCGCGCAACAAUGUACAAUAUCGAAAACGCUGAUCGUUUCAAAACCAAGAAAAUCGCAGGACGAAUUGUUCCUGCCAUUGCAACGACAACUGCCGCUGUGUCUGGCCUGGUGACCAUCGAGUUAAUCAAAGUAAUCAAAGGAAGUUCUUUUGACGAUUAUCGAAAUUGCUUUCUCAAUCUUGCUCUGCCAGUCUUCGUGUUUUCACAACCUGCUCCAGCAACGCGUACUGUCAUCAGAGAAGGUCUGUCGUUCACCCUUUGGGACAGAUGGGAAGUUCUUGGGAAGAAAACGUUUACCCUUAAAGAUUUCAUCAAGCAUUUCAAAGAAAAAUACAAUUUUGAAACAACCUUAGUCUCAGUUGGAGUAAAAGUCCUGUACAUGCCAAUUCUUCCUGGACACAUGAAACGUCUUAAACAAACAAUGGUGAAGUUAGUCAACCCGGCACCAGAGUCGAAAUAUGUCGACCUAAUCGUGUCAUUUACUGAGGAUGGCAGGUCAGACGAAGAUGACGAUCUUCCAGCUCCCCCGGUUAGGUACUAUUUUGGUAACUGAAGUCCGCCUGACCCCCCUGGCGAUGACUUGGCUAAUUGGAGACAGAUUUGUCGUGUAGAAUACAAUAAACAAACAUAUAUUUAAUUUAAAGUUUUCAAAUAUGCCAAAAGUGCUGAAUGGAAACUAACUGAAUUAUUCCAAUCAUUUCCUGGACGAAAUCCCGUGAAUUUUAACGGCUGAAAGCUAUUUAUUUUCUAAAAUUUCUAAUUUUUGUUCCACAGAACUCCAUAAAUGAAAACAGAAAGUCGAGUAGUAAUAAUAAGCAUGUUCCUAUAAGCAAGGAAUUGCUCAGUAUUUUGUUUUAUUGUAUGUGUGUUGUUAAUAUAAUAGAUAGUUAUCAAUGGAUUCACAGAGAAACCCGAAAAUAUAUUUACAUUGUUUUGGUAUA